AAAAGCUGAAAUUUCAAUUUCUUUUUUCUCAAUUAUUUUGAACAUCUUUCAAAGUCCCCUGCUUUCCUCUUUAUCUUUCAUUUCAUUUCUCCAUACAAUCUCUAUAUCUAUAUUCUCUCCCUUUAUUUCUCUUCACUUGUUCCGAUCACACAAUGGCUAAUGCGGCGUCUGGGAUGGCUGUGCAUGAUGACUGCAAGCUGAGGUUCUUAGACUUGAAAACGAAAAGAACUUUUCGCUUUGUAGUGUUUAAGAUUGAGGAGAAGCUGAAGCAAGUCAUGGUGGAGAAGCUUGGUGAGCCAGCAGAGAGCUAUGAUGAUUUUGCUGCCUGCCUUCCUGCUGACGAGUGUCGUUAUGCAGUUUAUGACUAUGAGUUUCUGACUCCAGAGAAUGUUCCAAAGAGCAGGAUUUUCUUCGUUGCGUGGUCACCUGAUACUGCAAGGGUGAGGAGCAAAAUGAUUUAUGCAAGUUCCAAGGACAGAUUCAAGAGGGAACUAGAUGGCAUCCAGAUUGAGUUGCAAGCGACUGAUCCAACAGAAAUGGGGCUUGAUGUGUUCAAAAGCCGAGCCAAUUAAGAAUCUGUUUUUGUACAUCUUCAACAGAGUACUCUGUACUCUUUGCUUUUGCUUAAAGAACACUGUGUCUGGCUUGUUAUUGUUCGGUUUGGUAUUCUUAUAAUUGAUAUUAUAUCUCGUCUGUUGUUUGGAAGUGCAUGUAGAACAAAUAUAGCAAAUUUUAUGACGUGGUGUGGCAACGGUUUCAUUGA